AUGACACCGCCAACGACGAAGCGGGGUCUCCACCUCUCGUACCUGUGCCACUUUAUCAACGAGCAUGGCGGUCAAGCUGAGUUUGCUGGCAAGUCGACGGCCCAAGUUUGCUUUGAGUUUGUCGUACCCCUGACCAAACCCUCGCAGCUUUCACUCGUCGACCACGUCGCCAACGACCCGUCGACCGCCGCUUACGUCGCGCCAGCCAACUGGUAUGUUAGCCAUGCUUGGCAGUACCUCUUCUUGGAGACGGUCGACAGCCUCGAGCGCUUCUUCGCCGACCGAGAUCUUAGUGACGACGCGGUCCUUUGGUUUUGCGUCUUCAACAACAACCAGCACCUCGCGAGCUCGUACCCGUUCGAGUACUGGUCGUCAACGUUCAAGAACGGUCUCGCAGCCAUCGGCAACGUGGUCAUGAUCAUGCACCCGUGGAACGACCCGAUCGUGCUUCGUCGAAGCUGGUGCGUGUUUGAGGUCUACGUCGCGGUGACCAUGGGCGCGCGCUUUGAGAUUGCACUUGCUCAUGAUCAAGAAGCCGCGUUUCUCGACGACAUUGGCCAACACGGAGCUUUUCACAAAAUGCUGGCGACGAUCAAGAGUGCAGAGUCGGAGACGUCGGUGCCAAGUGACCGCGACGGCAUCUUCGCGUUGAUUCGCGCCGAGACGUCGUUCAUUGCUGUCGACCGGCUCAUCUUUACAACCUUGACCAGCUGGAUCAAGUCGGCGCUCGAAGCAUCAAUCGCUGUCUCAUCAUCAUCGGCUCUUGCGAGAGCCAAGCGAUGGCAGCAGCUCGGGUACAUCCACGACAGCUUGCUCGAGUUUGCCGAGAGCGAGCGCUGCUUCCAGGAGGCUUUGCGCUUGUUCUUGGAGACCAACGGACCGGUCGACGCCGACACGUUAUCGCUUGGAUCGCUGGUCGCAUUGGCCAUCGCGCACCAGCGCAAGCCCCGCACCGAGUGGGAGCCUCGGUUUCGAUCGACGCUCGCCAUGGCCUCUGAGCAUCUCCGUGCGACGCAUGCAACAACAUUGGCCGCGCGCACCCACCUCGUCAUCUCGCUCAUCGAGCAACCUGCGUUUGCUGACGUGCUGCAUUUGGCUCUCGAGGAUUUUGAAUGGCGACGGUCGCAGCACGGCCUGUCAGACGCUCGCACGGCCAAGACCAUGUCGCUGGCAGCCACGAUCGAAGAGACGCUCUUGGGCCGGGACCAUCCAGCGACGAUGCUGACAUUCGGGCGACUCGUUGCUGUGCACUUACAAAUGGGCGACGCUGCGCAGGGUGUUCCACUCGCCGAGCGUAUUACCGUGACGCGCGAGCGGACGCUUGGCGCGACGCACCGAGACACGUUUGAGAACCGAUUCAACAUGACGUCAUUGACCAUCAUGGCGGGCGACGUCCCUUCGGCGAUGACGCAGCUGCUGUCAUUGAAGACGCUCGUCGACGCGUGCCCGCACUUGCGCUACGCCCUUUUUGUCGUCUACAACAACUUGGGCAUUGUGUAUGCGAUGCAAGCCCAACUCGACCAAGCGCUUGCGUCCUAUCGCAGCGCCUUUCAAGAGAAGUUUAGUGCGUGGGCACUCUAUGCCUUUGCGGUCCACAUUACACCUGGGUCUCAUGAUGGCGUGGCACUUGCCCGCGCGUGCGUCGAGUCGACACCCGACACGGAGCACGAGACGUGGCUUGAGAGCUGCAUGGUGUGCUACUUGCCCAUCAUUGGGGGUACCGUCGCGUGCGCGGCGUGUCCCCAGGACGUCUUCAAGUUUUGCACCCGCUGCCGCGAUCAACGAUUGUCGCGGCUGAUGCGGUUUUGCCGGCACGACCUGCAAGAAACUACGUGGGUGAUGACAGUGCCGCUGCGCCGGUUCGUUUUCGAAGAAGUGCUGCGGGCCGACGACGCGGCGUUGGAUGACGUUGGUCGACUUGCCGGCGAGUACGAAGUGUACUGCGAUACGCACAAGGUGCCAAGAAGCGAGCGCCUGAAGCGAUCGGCGAUGCCGGGUUUGAACCGCGGCUGGCACCCCAUGUAG